GGGUAAGGAUCCCGGAGCGCCGAAGCCAGGAUUAGUUCAGUUCCAGAGCACAGGCUUUGUUGAGAAACAAGCAGCACCGUGAGGACCGGAAUGAGCGGAGCUUGGGAGACGGGAAGGGUGAAAACAAAGUGAGCAGGCCGCAGCAGCACAGUUCCCAGGCAGCAUCAGCAAGGCAGUGAAGAAGUGUUGGACACUUUCCCACCAUGCCGACAACAUUUUAAAUAUCUGUCAGCUUUCUAAAAGUUUAACUGAAGGAAACCUCUAAGACUUCGUACCUGAGGACUAAAGUGCAGCCACCAGUUAUCAGACUUUCAGGAUGAAUCUGGAAAAACUCAGCAAGCCUGAACUCCUGACACUGUUCAGUAUUCUUGAAGGAGAACUUGAAGCAAGGGACCUUGUUAUAGAGGCUUUAAAGGCCCAACACAGAGAUACUUUCAUUGAAGAACGCUAUGGAAAAUACAACAUUAGUGACCCUCUCAUGGCUCUUCAGAGAGAUUUUGAAACACUGAAGGAGAAAAAUGAUAGUGAGAAGCAGCCAGUGUGCACAAACCCCCUCUCUAUCCUCAAGGCGGUGAUGAAGCAAUGCAAGAACAUGCAGGAGCGCAUGCUGUCCCAGCUGGCUGCUGCCGAGAGCAGGCACCGCAAGGUGAUCCUCGACCUUGAAGAAGAAAGACAGAGGCAUGCACAGGACACUGCUGAAGGAGAUGAUGUCACCUACAUGCUGGAGAAGGAGAGGGAGAGACUGACGCAGCAGUUGGAAUUUGAAAAGUCCCAAGUGAAAAAGUUUGAAAAAGAACAAAAGAAGCUGUCCAGCCAGCUGGAAGAGGAGCGCUCCCGCCAUAAGCAGCUCUCGUCCAUGCUGGUGCUUGAGUGUAAGAAGGCCACCAGCAAGGCAGCCGAGGAAGGGCAGAAGGCUGGAGAGCUGAGCCUGAAACUGGAGAAGGAGAAGAGCCGGGCAAGCAAACUGGAGGAGGAGUUGGCAGCUGAGAGGAAGCGAGGCCUGCAGACAGAGGCCCAGGUGGAGAAGCAAUUGUCUGAGUUUGAUAUCGAAAGGGAGCAGCUGAGAGCCAAACUGAACCGAGAGGAGAACCGGACCCGGGCCCUGAAGGAGGAGAUGGAGAGCUUGAGGAAGCUUGUGAAAGACCUAGAGGCGGCGCAGCAGCCCAGCCGCACCAGUGAGCAGGGCCGGGCACCAGUGACCACGUCCAGAGGCACAGCCACAGAGCCUCCCUUGCGAGUGUCUGUUUUUUGCCAAACAGAGAGUGUUCAGACAGAAAGAAGCCAUGGGAGCGUCCUGACCAAGCUGACAGAUGCUGGUCUCCCAGGUCCCACCACUGCUACUUACUCCUAUGCAAAAGCUAAUGGCCACUGUGACCCAGACAUACAGACUACCAGGGAAUUGACCUCAGAUGGCAGCACAGAAAACCAAGGGCCUCCACGGGAGAAAUCUGCAGUAUCGGCCCAGGAGAAACCAAUGGAGAAUGGUGGGUGUCCUGUAGGAACUGAGACUCCAGUCACAAUGCUCAGUCACCUCCCUUCUAGUGGCAGCUCACUGUCUCCCAGCAGCACUGCCUCUUCCUCUCUAACAUCGUCUCCUUGCUCUUCACCAGUUCUAACCAAGCGUCUCUUGGGGUCAUCAGUCAGCAGCCCAGGCUACCAGUCUUCCUACCAAGUAGGGAUCAACCAGCGUUUCCAUGCAGCUCGGCACAAAUUUCAGUCCCAGGCAGAUCAGGAUCAGCAAGCCAGUGGUCUCCAGAGCCCUCCAUCCAGGGACCUGUCCCCUACUCUGUUAGACAACUCUGCUGCCAAGCAGCUGGCCCGAAACACAGUCACUCAGGUGCUCUCCAGAUUCACUAACCAGGGGCCAAUUAAGCCAGUCUCUCCCAACAGUUCUCCCUUUGGGACAGACUACCGAAAUCUGGCCAGCACUGCCAACCCAAGAGGUGACACCAGCCAUUCACCUACUCCAGGGAAAGUGUCCAGCCCUCUGAGCCCCCUCUCUCCAGGAAUCAAGUCCCCAACCAUCCCCAGAGCUGAGAGAGGAAACCCUCCACCAAUCCCACCCAAAAAACCUGGCCUCACCCCUUCGCAAUCUGCCACCACUCCAGUGACCAAGACUCAUUCCCAGGCAUCCUCCUUGAGCACCACAGAAGACCUUGCCACCAGCUGCUCUCCCGGUGGCGUGGUGGCCAAUGGCAAAGAUGUUGAGAUACUUGUGCCUACCAGCAGCUAGUCCCUAGGAGUGAGUCGCCACAUUUGACAUUCCAUCAGACUUUGUCCAAGAGCUCAGAGUUAAACCCCGGAGUCAGAUCAUGUUAUUUAUUUGAUAGUAGCUACAGCCAUCUGUAUAAUACAUUCAGUGUAUUUACCUUUUUGUAUUUUUUUAAGUAGAAAUUGAGUACUUGGAUUUUUAUGACUCACCUCUUUGUACUAAGCUAGAAGGGGACCUCAUAGACAUAGUACAUACAUCUCAAGCCCAGCAGUCACCAGCAUGCUUCAAUGGGAGAGCUUACCGAGGACCAGGCAGUGGUCAGCUGUCAGUUUUGGAGCUAGAAUUACUCAGCACUCAUUUCAAAUUAUGCAGAAGCAGUUCAUGCAGAUUUUUAUUCCAGAUGAACAUGUUUUAAAAGUGCCUGAAAUCGACUGCCAUGUGAAUGUGAUUCUGCGGCAGAAACAAAAGACAGAGCAUUUCUUGCAGAAAAUGAGAUCCUCUGUGAAUCUGAAUGUCAAAAACCAACACUGCUUUUAAUCCUCUCUGACUAUAGAAUGCCAGCUUUGUGUUCUGAAACGAGGUUUGCACGAGUAGAGUGGAAAUCCUUCUGAAGGGUGUGAACUCUGUCAGGCUGAGCUCUGUAAAGCCCUUGAGAAACCCUCCAGAGCACUUAGCCGUUGGGGUGCUGAUUUUCUUGUGCUUUUGAAAAAUUAAGUCAUUCUCAGUUUCCUGCGUCAGUUCUUGAACAGUGAAAUCACAUCUCCAUUCCAAACCGUUCUCAAGCACCAGCCGUGGGAACUUCCAAUUCCGGUUGCUUUUACUUGAAUAGGAAAUGACAUAAUGAACUCUUUAUUCUGUGAUCGAAAAGCAAUAACUUAAAAGUCACUCUUUGUAAUAUUGUAAGUCAGAAUUAUACAGAUUUUACCAAAUGGUUACAUUUACUCUCCGUGCUGCCAGCACGUCUGUCUGUGGAACCAAAUUAACUUUUGCCCAAAUGGAAGUAUACCUAUAUCUGUAGAUAACAUGCCCCUUUUACAUGUUCAACAUUCUCACACUCAAGCACAUAAAUAUUAGUGUGAUUGUAUCUCUGGAGUUUGCAGUGUAGCAUAAAGGACAAGUAGAAUUGCAUGUUAAGAUUACCUACCAAAGCAAUUAGAUGUGGCUUAGAGCCAGUCAGUCAACAGAGGAAUCCAUUUGACAACAAAGUGGACAAUCCCAAAUGAAGCUCAGAUUGUCAACAUUAUAGGAAAGCACCCUAAUGCCACAGAACUCAGCUAGCCGAGUGAGAGAGAGAGAGAGAGAGAGAGAGAGAGAGAGAGAGAGAGAGAGAGAGAGAGCGCAAGAGCACAGUCCCUCACGUGCUAUCCACUCGGAAUAGAGGGGCCUGUAGCAAGCCACAGUAUCCCAGCCCCGUGAUACAGGGCUACUCCUUUGAGCCCCAGCUGCUGCUAUGCAAAAAUUGCUGAUCAAGGUUACCAGUUCUCUAAACUUUCAUAGAACUGAGAUUCCCACAAGAAGAUUCUCAUUCAAAGCAUUUCGGGUUUUUAAAAACCAGGAACUGAUUUUAUAAAUGCUGGUGCUUAGACAAACAUGGCUGCAGCUGACUUUAGCUUGCAAGCUACCAAGCUGCAGCCUCUCUCUUCCUAGAACUUGUACUGUUCCCCUGGUAGUGAGUUUGUAUAGACAGAAACCUCCAGCCUUCUCCACUGUGUCAGCUACAUCUGACCAAGUCCAUAGAACAGAACACUCUUGCUCUUGCCAAGCAGACCUCCCAACAGACCAGCUCAGGACACUGGUUACACAGUUUUGUAUCCAGAGUGGGAGAAAGAAAGGCCUUGGUGUCUCUACAUACAUUGUUCUGGCCAGCAGCUACCCAGAAUCCCCUGGCCUUCUGUAACCUUUUAUUGGGAAGGAGAAUGGGUGAUCAUGUGAGAAGACCUGAUCAUGUGUUUGAAAAACCAAAGGAUUCAGUGGACCCAUCCAGGUUAGAUAACUCACAAGGAAUUAGACAUUGAUUUUCUUCUUGAACCACAGAGCUGAAAACAGAAAGUCUCCCUAAUAAUUUAGUUGUUAAUAACUUUUAGUUAUAUUUUUAUUAACCCAUUGAGUCAGGAGGCAGGAAGCAGGUGAUUAAAAUCUCAGUGGGCAAGUCAACAACAGAGUAUACUGUUGACUCUACAGCUUACAGUUUAAGUGAUUAAGGUAAAUGCAUGGCACAUGAAAGUAUGGCUGAUGUCCUAGGGUGUCUGCUAAAAUGGUGGAGACAUGUGAAACUGUCCAGAGCAAUCCUGCAUUGAAUUUAUUCCUAUUGUGGAGCCAAAACGGACCAGUGAUGAUCAAAAACUGAAGCUUCUCAUCAGGAAAGACUGCAGUGCCUGAGUGUUCUUACCUCUCUUGCUUUAAAUGGUAAUCUUAAAAGUUGCAUUGUGCUCUUCCUCUGUUUGGAGAUAGAUAUAUAUAUAGAGAGAGAAAGAAAUGCUAUAAGGAAGUUUAUUUCUUAGGGGGUGCACUGAACAAUAUUUCUUUUACAAUAUAUUACAGGGGUGGGGAUAUGCAAAAGAAAUGUGUAUUUUUGCUAGUUCCUAUCAUCUGAGAUAAUAAGCACAAUCCUGAAAUGGAUCCAAUAAUUCAGCUAUAUAUUAUAGAUUAGUAUUUCAGUUUGCAGUAGAUUGUAAGUGUGUAUGCUAAGUAAAAGUUCUAUGAUUCACAAUUUGGGUAUUAACCAUGUCAGAGAAGCUGUUACUGGUCAGGAGAAUCUGAUGAUGUGCUAGGUGUAACACAGCAUUAACUAGUCAUUAACAUUUGUAAGGCCAAGUGUACCAUGCAGAAGUCUUCAUUUUUAUAGCAGACUACAUUAAAACAAGUUAAAUCAUAA